UCUUCCUCCCUGCAAUUCGCUUCCUCUCUCCGCUGAACACCUCCAGUAUCUCUCGCCUUGUCCUUUUGUUAUUCCCAGCAAGGAUACCAAUUACAUACGCAGAUUCGUCAACAUUCGCCAAAACGCUCAUCUCCAUGGCCCAUCAUCUUACCAGAGACCGGGAUGAAUCCGACGACGAUGCCCUUCUUGAAGCUUUGGAGAACGAAGACGAUUCAUCGUACCGCGCGCAUCGAAUCGAACAGCUCAAUGCUGAGUUUACUGCAGCCCAGAACGACGCGGCCCGCAGCACCGCAGCUCCUAUUGGAACAGUCGUUGAGGAUAGCCUCUAUCCCAUUCUAAGAACCGACCAAUUACUUCUGGAUUUCACAACACAAACCCACCGAUGUGUCAUUCACUUCGCACACCCAGAUUUCGCGCGUUGCAGCACCAUGGACGAGCACAUCCGGGCGCUGGCUUCUCAGCACCACGAAGUACGCUUUGCGCGGGUUGACGUGCAGGACACCCCGUUUGUUGUAGAAAAGCUCAAGAUUCGUGUCCUUCCCUGUGUCAUAGGUUUCAAAGAUGGGGUAGCGGUCGAACGUGUGGUGGGAUUUGAGGGCCUUGGAUCAGGUGGGCGCGAUGGGACAGACGGGUUCAGCACGGCAACGCUAGAGAAACGGCUUCUUUGGAAAGGAAUUCUCACCCAAGAGAAAAUCAAGGCCACGGGUGACACCUCAGACCAGUCUGAGGAAGACAGCGACAACGACAACAAUGGGCGAGGGUAUGGAAGGCAACGGGCCAUCCGGAGCGGUAACGUAUAUCAACGCCGCCUUGCUGGCGGCGAGGAUGGUGAGGAUGAUGAUUGGGACUAGCAUUGAAUUCGCCUCCAAAAUAGGGCCUGGGCGUAAUCACACGGGCAUCCCAGCACCACAGUUCAUGGUUCGGGAUACUCAAAUCCGUCAACUAUGCAAG